CCCCCCAUCUCCUCUCUUGACGCUUACUCAAUCGUCCACUACACUCUUUCCUCCCUCUGCUGGCUUAACGCUUGCACAGCGCGACAUCCCAGGCCGCGCGCUGUAAAGCCUUGUUCUUAUCUCUUGGUCUCUUUCGGCAUCUGGCUCUCCCAUCGCAGCUUCCACAACAUGCUCGACCGGGCUUGGACACUUUCGCCCGCCGAUGCGCUCGCGCACUACGGCACAAACCCUAAAUCCGGCCUCACCACAGAACAAGUCCGUCACAAUCGUGAACUAUACGGCGAGAACGUGCUCCCAGAGCAGGCCCCCAAAUCACUCCUUUCUCUCAUCCUCGCACAAUUCGAGGAUCAGCUGGUGCUCAUCCUCCUCGGCUCGGCUGUCGUCUCCUUCGUCCUUGCGCUGUUUGAAGAUGCCGAGCAGAUUGGCGGGUCGUGGUUGACGGCGUUCGUUGAGCCCCUCGUCAUCCUCCUUAUCCUCGUCGCAAACGCCGCUGUCGGUGUAAUUCAGGAAACGAACGCGGAGAAGGCAAUCGAUGCGCUGCGCGAGUAUUCGCCUGACGAGGCGCAGGUUUUGCGCGAUGGUCAGGUGGUACGUGUCCCCGCUUCGGCGCUCGUGCCCGGCGACGUCGUGUCGGUGCACGUCGGCGACCGCAUCCCCGCCGAUUGUCGCAUCCUCUCGUUCUCCAGCAGCAGCUUCCGCGUCGACCAAGCCAUGCUUACCGGCGAAAGCAUGAGUGUUCCCAAGACCGAUGGCGCCGUCAAGGACGACGCGGCGGUCAAGCAGGACCAGGUCAACAUGCUCUUCGCCGGCACGACUGUUGUGAACGGCGCGGCGCACGCGCUCGUCGUGCUCACUGGCGAGCGGACCGCGCUGGGCUCAAUCCACCAAAGCAUUAGCGCCGACGAUGAGGACGAGAAGACACCGCUCAAGCGCAAGCUCGAUGACUUCGGCGACCAACUCGCCAAGGUCAUCUCCGUGAUCUGUGUACUUGUUUGGCUCGUCAACAUCCGGCAUUUCGGCGACUCGAGCCACCGCGGAUGGCUCAAGGGUGCGAUCUACUACCUCAAGAUUGCCGUGGCGCUUGCGGUCGCGGCCAUCCCUGAGGGUCUGGCCGCUGUCAUUACCGCAUGCCUUGCCCUUGGGACCAAGAAGAUGGCCAAACGUGGCGCGAUUGUACGCAAUUUGCCUUCCGUCGAGACGCUUGGCUGCACCAACGUCAUUUGCUCGGACAAGACUGGUACACUUACGACCAACAACAUGAGCGUAGCGCGCUUCCUCACUGCGGCCUCUGAGAAGACUUUUGCCGAGUACAAUGUCAGCGGCACGACGUACGAGCCUGUGGGUGCGAUUACGACGCUCGAUGGGCGCCCUGCUGAGCGGGCGGUCGUGCGCACCGCGCCAGUCGACAAGCUCGUGGAGAUCUGCGCAAUGUGCAACGACGCCCGUGUCGCGUACCACGCCGACUCUGACUCGUACACGGCUGUCGGCGAGCCCACCGAGGCGGCGAUGAAGGUGCUGGUCGAGAAGCUGGGCGGCGUCGACGAGCGCUGGAACCAGACACUUGCGGACAUGGACCCAAGGCAGCGCGUCAUGGCCGUCAACCAAAACUAUGAGGGGUCUAUUGAGCGCCUCCUCACGUUUGAGUUCUCGCGCGACCGCAAGUCGAUGAGUGUGCUCACCCGGUCGAAUGGCGCCGUGUCGCUCCUCGUCAAAGGCGCGCCUGAGUCUGUCAUCGAUAGAUGCGCCAGGGUGCUCCUCCCCUCGGGCGAGGUCGCACUGAGCGACACCAUGCGCGAGCGCCUGGACGACGUGCAGCUCGACUACGGGCGGCGCGGGCUGCGUACCCUCGCGCUCGCGUAUGUCAGCGAGAACGACGGGGAUGUGUCGCACUAUAAAACGGACCGCGCGGAGGACUAUGUGCGCUUUGAGCAGGACAUGGUAUUCGUUGGUCUCGUGGGCAUGCUCGACCCUCCGCGUCCUGAGGUACGCGAAGCGAUCGCUAAGUGCCGCACAGCGGGUAUUCGGACGAUUGUGAUCACGGGCGACAACAAGAACACGGCCGAGACGAUCUGCCGCGACAUUGGCGUGUUUGAGCGCGACGAGGACCUGACGGGCAAGAGCUACACCGGACGGGAGCUUGAUGCGUUGAGCCACGAGGAGAAGAUCGCGGCCGUCCAGCGCGCAAGCCUUUUCUCGCGCACCGAGCCAAACCACAAGCAGCAGCUCGUCGACCUGCUCCAGGGUUUGGGGCUUGUCGUCGCGAUGACAGGCGACGGUGUCAACGACGCGCCGGCGCUCAAGAAGGCCGACAUUGGUAUUGCGAUGGGCUCUGGCACUGAUGUCGCUAAGCUCGCCGCCGACAUGGUGCUCGCCACGGACAACUUUGCCACAAUUGAGCGCGCUGUCGAGGAGGGCCGUGCUAUCUACAACAACACUAAGCAGUUUAUCCGGUACCUCAUCUCGUCCAACAUCGGCGAGGUCGUGUCAAUUUUCCUCACGGUGCUUCUCGACAUGCCAGAGGCUCUCACGCCGAUUCAGCUUCUGUUUGUCAACCUCGUCACGGACGGUGGGCCGGCCAUCGCGCUCGGCUUCAACCCGGCCGACAGCCAGAUCAUGCGCACCAAGCCACGCAACGCCGAUGACCCGCUGAUUGGGCGCUGGCUGUUCCUCCGCUACCUCAUUAUCGGAACGUAUGUCGGCGCUGCAACUGUCUUUGGCUACGCGUGGUGGUUCAUGUUCUACGAGGGCGGCCCGCAGGUCACCUUCUACGAGCUGACCCACUUCCACAAAUGCGGCGCUCUGUACUCGCACCUCGACUGCGGCAUUUUCACAGCUGGCUCGUCGGCCGCGCGCCACGGUGCCACGAUGUCGCUGUCGAUUCUCGUCGUGAUUGAGAUGUUCAACGCGUGCAACUCGCUCUCGGAGAACGAGAGCCUGCUCUCCCUUCCCCUCUGGGCCAACCCGUACCUCAUCGGCGCGAUCGUGCUCAGCAUGAUUCUGCACUUCGCCAUACUUUACGUGCCCUUCCUUGCCUCCCUCUUUGGUGUCACUCCGCUCUGCUGGGCGGAAUGGAAGGCCGUGAUCGUCAUUUCAGCGCCCGUCAUUCUCAUCGACGAGGUCCUCAAGUUUGUCACGCGGACAUGUAUCGAGCCUCCAUCUGAGCCCGAGCCUGAGAAGGCAAACGGGCACAAGUAUUAGACAGCAUAUGCAUUUUAUAGUACAGUACAAG